GUUCACGUUAUGGAAUUUGAAGCCGGCGUGCGUCCGAUCCUUAGGUUUCGCCUCUGCGUGGGUUCGACUCCUGUCGCGGCUUCAGCGAUGGAUUUGUACCAGGAGGAAGGGAAUCCCGGUAACCUCAAGGUGGCCGCCGCUUCAGAGUUCGUUGGGUUCAAGCUCAAUGUCCACGAGGUCAAUGCUGACGUGUGGCCGCCUGUGCUACCCUCCUGGUCGAAGCUGCCCGCCCUUCAGCUGCCCAGCGGCACGGUGCUCUUCUCGACCAAUGCCAUCUGCAGGUACAUGUUCGAGAGCUCUGGGCAGGAGCUGGGCACGGAGACCGAUCAGUGUCUGGAGUGGGAGCACGCCGAGCUGGAGCCGGCGACGCUGGCAUUGCUGCACGUGACGCUGGCGAAGGACCGCACUGGCGCGGAGCUGGCCGGCGCCCAGGAGGCCGCGAUGGAUCGCCUGCGCCAGAUGGACGGCGCGCUCCGCUCAAGCGAGGGAGACUUUCUCUUGGGGACGAAGCCAAGCCUGGCCGAUCUUGUAUUCUGGUCAACGCUCUUCCCCGUGUUUAGCGAUCGUGUCCUUCCGCUAGCGGAGGAAGCGGACUCCGUGACGAGGCUGCGGGCGUGGUUUCACGCCGUCACGUCGCACCCGCGCCUGCGGGAGACCUCCGACGUCGCCGCGCGGAAGUUCGACUCCGGUCCGGCGGCCGCCUGCGGCGACUGGAUCUCGAAGCGCCCGCGGCAGCGGCCGUCGCCGCGGGCGCCCGGGCACGUCCUGCACCUCGGAAAAGCCGCGGUGAAUGAGCCGGCGGUGGGAGCCGCAGAAUCAGAGCAAGAUGACCCCGCAGUUUGCCCCUGGAAGGGGCCCCCGGAGGCCACGCAGGAAGUGAGCGACGAGGAGGCGAGCAGGGCAAGGGAGGCGUUCCUGCAGGGCUACGCGGGGCUGCCCAAACCGCGAGUCGCCACUCACCCCGUUCUGCCGCAAAAGGGCGAGAAGAACAUUCUGAUCACGAGCGCUCUGCCGUACGUCAACAACGUGCCGCACCUCGGCAACAUCAUCGGCUGCGUGCUGAGCGCCGACGUCUUUGCACGGUACUGCCGCCUGCGUGGCCGGAACACGCUGUACGUGUGUGGCACGGACGAGUACGGCACGGCCACCGAGACCAAGGCCGUGGAGGAGGGGCUGAGCCCGCGGGAGAUCUGCGACAAGUACCACGCGCUGCACGCCGAUGUCUACCGAUGGUUCGGCAUCUCCUUCGACUACUUCGGCCGGACGACCACGGCGCUGCAGACCCAGAUCGCGCAGGACAUAUUCUGGCGUGUGCGUGAGCGUGGCUUCCUGCUCACCGACACGGUGGAGCAGCUGCACUGCGAGCGUUGCUCUCGCUUCCUGGCCGACCGCUUCGUCGAGGGCACCUGCCCCCUGUGCGGCUACGGCGACGCCCGCGGGGACCAGUGUGACAAGUGUGGGCGCCUCAUCAACGCCGUCGAGCUCAAGAACCCGCAGUGCAAGAUCUGCAGGGACACGCCAGUGGUCAAGUCGUCAGAGCACCUCUUCCUCAACCUCCCCAAGCUGGAGGCUCCGCUGCAGGCGUGGCUGGAGGGGGCGUGGGCGGGCGGCGACUGGACGGCCAACGCCCGGCUCAUCACACGCUGCUGGGUGCGCGACGGCCUCAAGCCACGCUGCAUCACCCGGGACCUUCAGUGGGGCACGCCGGUGCCACUCGAGGGCUUCACUGACAAGGUGUUCUACGUGUGGUUCGACGCGCCCAUCGGAUACCUCUCCAUCACGGCGAACUACACACCGCACUGGGAGCGCUGGUGGAAAAACCCCGACGAGGUGACGCUCUACAACUUCAUGGCCAAGGACAACGUCCCCUUCCACAGCGUCGUCUUUCCCUGCUCGCUGAUCGGCGCCGACCAGAACUUCACGCUCGUCAACUCGCUGAUCGCCACGGAGUACCUGAACUACGAAGACGGAAAGUUCUCCAAGAGCCGCGGCGUCGGCGUGUUUGGCGACCAGGCGCGCGACACCGGCAUCCCCGCGGACGCGUGGCGCUUCUACCUGCUGCACCUGCGGCCCGAGAGCCAGGACAGCACCUUCAGCUGGGCCGACUUCCUGCUCACGCACAACGCCGAGCUGCUCAACAACCUCGGCAACUUCGUCAACCGCGCCGGCGUGUUCGUGGUGAAGUUCUUCGAGGGGCGAGUGCCGCCCAUGGAGCUGACGGCGGACGACGCGCGCCUCUUGGCGCUGGUGACGCGCGAGCUGCACGCGUACACACGCCUCCUCGACAAAGUGCGGAUACGGGACGCCCUGCGCUGCAUAUUCAACAUCUCGCGCCAUGGCAACCAGUACAUUCAGCUGCACGAGCCGUGGAAACGCGUCAAGGGCUCGGAGAGCGAGAGGUCGCGCGCCGCCACGGUGACGGCCGUGGCGGUGAACGUGGCGGCGCUGCUCUCGGUGAUGCUUGGCCCCUUCAUGCCGACCGUGGCGGGCGCCAUCCGUGGGCAGCUGCUGGCGCCGCCCGACCGCGACGUGCUGACCGACAGCUUCGCGUGCGCCCUCCCGCCGGGCCACGCCGUGGGCACGGUGAGCCCACUGUUCCAGAAGCUGGAGAUGGCCCACAUGGACGAGCUGAAGAAGAGAUUCGCUGGCAAGCAGAACGGCUCCCCCUCCGUGGUUGCCAAUGGACCGGCGGCAGCCACGGCAACCGCGGAGACCGCGUCCUCAGCAACCGCUGCCACGGCUGUUGCUACGGCAACCGCCGAAGACGUUCAACAACUCGCGGAGGAGGUCGCCAAGCAGGGCCUGCGCGUUCGCGAGCUCAAGGCGGCCAAGGCGGACGCGGCGCUCAUCAAGGCCGAGGUGGCCACCCUCCUUGAGCUCAAGCGGCGCCUCGGCCCGCUCGGGGUCACCGACGGUGCCGCCGCCGCCGCUGCCGGCAAGGCCAAGGGCGGCCGCAAGAAGCGGUAACCGCGCGGCGGUGACGACGCAGUUAACCGGGGACGACGCGCGUGCGACCACGGCAACGGCGGUGACCGUGGGAGCGGUACCCGGAGAGCCGCCCCGUUGGUGGAGAAGAGAUGGACUGAUGCGGUACGAGAGGAUGUGGAGCUGAGUGGACUCGCCAAAGACUGGUACCAGCGGUGUCAAGAUUGGCCUCUAUGGAGGAGGCUCGUGAAGGACGCUACUGGGCGGUGUCAGGCUAGGUUCACCUUGAGGCUACUGGUAAGCUGGAGGCAGUCGCCCUCCAACAACAACAGAGGGCAGGGGAGCGAACGGCAGGCGGCGAAAACGCAGUGAGUUGGCAGUGGGGGGGCCCAGGUGGUGCAUCUGCCAGCCAUUUCAGCCAACCCAUGGCACCCUGGGUCUGUCCCGUGACCUCCUGUCAGUGAUCCUUAAACACUUCACGUGGCCUCAACGUGCACAUGUCCUGGCACGGGCACCGCGAAUAGCGGGGGUAUUGGUGGCAGGAUUGUAAAGUAAUUUAAUUACUUUAAACACUCGGUAUGAGCGUUUAAAGUAAUUGAAUUACUUUAAACACUCGGUAUGAGCGAUGAGAAAACCCGAUAAUCGCAUUAGUUCACCAACAGGCACUGACCAGUGUGGUGAGAGCGUCACGCAGCAGUGGACUCACGCAAGAGGGUCUAUAUUUUUUAUAGACAGAGCCUCCUCUGUCGCCUUCAAACUGUCGGAGCAGGUAGUGAUGAGCACUCUACAGACAGGACAAACGCGCCCGCCGACAUUCAAGGAAAGCCACGCUGGAGUGCAUUUUAAACUUAGCGAUUUUUAUUUUGGGGUUACCACUGAAGCACCACCACAUGAAGCCGUGCGUGUUGAUGUCGCAGACGGCCUUCCCCCUUGGCUCAUCUGCACAUCCCUCCUCACCUCCCUCCUCCUUCUCUCUCUCGCACUUGGGCGUCGUCACAGCUCACAAACGUCUCACCUCCAAAGGUCUUUGCAGAAUCAAAACAUGGGUAUUCAUAAAUGCAACACGUGACUAAUGAA